AUGAUUGCUACGUUUAUAAUUCCAACAGUAGAGAAUAAAGAAUGUGGAAAAUGCUUCCUGAUUUUUCAAACUUGGAACUUUGGUGCACGGUAUACCAUGGCAGAAACCUCCCCAAUUAUUAUUCAAUUGGACAUAGGAAAGGCCGUUGACAAGUACACUGUAGCCAAGAAACUUGGAGAAGGCACAUUUGCAGCAGUAUAUGCGGUCCAAGAUGCAAAAGGAAACAAAUAUGCUUUGAAAGCAGAAAGUGUUAACGAGAAAAUCCCGCUUCUACGCCUUGAACUUUUUGUUAUGCAACGACUUCAAGCGAAAAAUGCUGUACAUAUGGCCGAUUUAAUCGAUAAGGGCCGCGUUGAGAAUUUCAACUACAUCGUAAUGAAACUUCUAGGGAAGUCUCUACAGGUUGCAAAGAAAACAGGUCCGGAUCGGCACUUAUCACUUGGCCCAGCAAUCGGAUGUGCUAUUCAAUGUUUAGAAGCUUUGGAAGAACUUCAUUGGAUAGGGUUCUUACACAGAGAUGUCAAGCCAGGCAAUUUUGCAAUUGGCCGAGCAGAAACGGGAGAACUCCGAAAGUUGUUUAUUCUUGACUUCGGCAUGUGUCGAAGGUUUGUGAAUAAAGAGAAUGUGAUGCUACAACCAAGGAAAAGAGCCCCGUUUCGAGGCACUCCCCGAUAUGCACCGAUUGCAUCCCACCUGGGCAAAGAACAUUGCAGAAAGGACGACAUCGAAAGCUGGUUCUAUAUGCUCAUCGAUUUUACAAACGCCAAACUACCAUGGAAAGGCACUACGGAUAUCAGAGAUGUUGGAAAAAUGAAAAUGGAUUCGCGCCAAGAGCCAGUUUUGAGCGAAUUGAUGCAAUUAUGUCCGGUAGAGGAGUUCAAGCAGGUCCUCGACUACAUUGAUGGGCUUACUUUCUUUGACGAGCCAAACUACGAUAUGAUCUACAUGACGUUGCGAGAGGCAAUGAAAAAGAAAGGAGUCAGCGAAUUCCCGUACGAUUGGGAGAAAGAGAACGUUAUUUCUUCGUGA